AUGGCCGAUCUCAACCGCCCGAAGCGUUCUCGCUUCGACCAAACCGAACGCCCUCGACGAACCCAGUCGGACGUCCGUUCUCGGUCCCGUUCGCCCUCUGCCGGUCAGGCAGAGUACACUCGCACCCGCAGUCCCCAUGGCCGCGACUCCCGGCAGAGCCCUCUGGCUCUUUCGACUCCUCCCGUCUCCCACGAUGCCCUGAUUGAGGCUACGUCUCGUGCUGCUGGAAUUCAAGAUAGCAGCAACGCUUACUCGAGCCCUCGGGCUCAUGAUCAGAAGCGCGGCUUGGCGCAUGACUUUUUCAAGGACAUCGACAUCAACGAUUCCCGCAAUCGGUACACCUUGACCAAGGGUGCUACCCAGUCAAUGAUCCGGGAACGAACUGGUGCCGAUGUGACCACUCGCGGCAGCUAUUACCCUGACCGCAAACUGGCUACGGCCGAGAACCCUCCCCUAUCUCUGCGCAUAACUAGCAAGACACAGGAGGGGCUUGAUCAGGCCGUCGGACUCAUCGAAGAAAUGAUGAGCCAAGAGCUUCCCUCGCUGGUCGACCAACGUCGAUUCCAGAACCGUGGUCCUGAAGACCAAGGCCAAUAUCAACGACGCAACCCACGUCACGCCGAAGAGGCUCGGAUUCCUACCGACCUCCCUUACCUUCAGGGAUUCAACACCCGUGCCAAGAUCGUAGGCAAAGAGGGUUGCAAUGUCAAGCACAUCGAGCGCAAGACCGGCUGUGAGGUCCGCGUCAAGGGCCGUGGUUCGAACUGGCGUGACCACAAUAACCAUGAGAGCGAUGAACCCAUGUUCGUCCACAUUCUCGGUCCGACCAGUGAUCAAGUCAAGCAGGCCAGUGAAAUGGCUCAAGAACUCCUUGAAACCGUUCGGGAAGCGUAUGAGGAGCACGAACGUAACCCUCCUCAACGCUACCAACGCAACCAAGGUUCGGGCGGCGGGUUUCACCGAUCUUCUGGUUACGACGCCUACAACACUUCGGGCUAUGGUGCCCAGUAUUCCCAUAACGCUGGCCAAUACUCCUCCAACUCCCCUGGUGUUGAUACCGGCAACACCCAAGGCUACAACGCCCAGUCUGCCCAGACCGCCGAAAUCGACCCUUACGAGCAGUAUGGCGGAUACGAAAACUACAUGCGGUGGGUCGCGUACUACCAGCAGCUCGCCGACCAGCAAGCUCAGCAGCAGGCGGAUGGCGCUGCUGCUGCCCCUACUUCCGGCACUGACUCGCCAGCUCCGGCUACGGCUCCGGCUCCUGGAACGGGCAGCAACGAAGCGCCUCCUCCCCCGCCUGGUCUGUAG